GUUUAUAAAAUAAUGGCUUUUGUGGGAGCGAUUUAUCCGGGCAGAAAGUGUGAAACACGUACCAGGAAUCGCGAUCAAACGUGUGCAAACAUACGAAGGCACCACUGCGAGAACACAGAGCGACCAAAGCCACCUGUCCUUCUGCUCCCCGACAGCCAGGGAAAAGUUGGGCUCUGCUCGCCUUCUGUUCAACCCAGUAGAAAUCACAGAAAUGAAGUCCAGCCCACAGACGAGCACACGGUCAGGUACACUCGAAGGCGUCAGCCAGCUCGCCGGGGGCAGUCAGGGUGAGGCGCCUCGCUCAGGGACACGUCGCUCAGGGACACCUCGACACCGGGGAUCGAACCGGCAACCUUCAGAUCAGUCUACGGGAACCAGAGCCCACACACCAUUCGAGACGGACGAACGGCCUCCUCUGAAGGCAGGAAUGGCGUCUCACUCAGUGUACACAGAAGACUUCCAGGCGUGGGACAGCCCUGCGAGGGCCCACCCUCUCCGCCCACGUGACAACCUCAGAGUCAACAGAGCGCUGUUCGCCACAGCCACGACCAACAGGGACAGCUUCUGCCCCCCCGGCCCCCCGGUGGCGGCGAGGGAGGGCUGCAGACCCGCCCCGCCGCCACGGGAAGCCCCGCCCUUCGACAGCACCGCCGACCACAGCUCCCAGUACCGCCCCCCCACGGUCCGGCCCCGGAGGCCCCCAGCCCGGCCCGCCUGCCACCCCCCCGGGCCCCCUCUGACGGGGGUCCACACCAGCCACACGGACUCCAGGGGCCAGCCCUCGGGGACGGCCCGGUCCUUAGAGCCCGCGGCGGCCUGGGGGAGGAGCCCCGCCUCCUUCGCCAGCACCACAGAGUUCAGGGACCAGUACCGGGCCUGGCCCCUCCCGGCCCGGCUCCAGCCCCAGACCCGGGAGCACCGGGCCCCCGAGGGGGACAUGGCCCCCCUCCUCUCCACCACCCGGGCCCACUUCGGGGAGCACCGCGGGCUCCAGCGGCCCCCGGGGGCGCGGCCCGGCAGGGAGGCCUCCGUGAGGUCCUCGCCGGUGAGGUCCACCAUGAAGGAGGACUUCAGGGCCUGGACCACGGUGCGCCGCCCCCCCGUGGCCCCGCCCCCGCAGGAGCUGGAGUGGCCCUGGGGCCCCUUCGCCCGGACCACCACGGCGCGCGCCUCGUACACGCCCAAGGCCGCCCAGCGCUCGCUGAGCUGUAAGCCCCGCCCCCGGCCCCUGAACACCGGGCCCCCCAUGGAGAAGGCCUCCGUCUACAGGGCCAGCUUCACGGCCCCACGGGGCCCCCUGAGGGACGGCGCACCCCCCAGGGGUCACGGUGGGGUCAUGGACGUCAGGAUCAGGGACCGCCGCUCUGCUGAUGCAAUAAGUAAUGAACCAGCUUAGGGGGUCACUGCAGCUGGCGACCUUUGACCCCGUCUUUAUACCUCCGCACACGACGGGGUGCAAAGGUCAAAUAAAAUGAUGUUUCAACUGCACUGUAUUGUAGAAGAAAGAAAGUAGUUGGUAUUAUAGACCACACUAAUGAACAUUGUCAUGUGUUAUUCAAAUAUUAUUAACACCAAACUAUUCAAAUAUUGUAUUUAAGCUGACAUUAAGAAUUAUUCUUAAAAUGCACAUAAUGUCACAACUUGCACUAACUGUUCAAAUAAGUUAAGAACGUAUUUAAAUAAUAUUUUAUUAAACCAGACACUGCCAAAAUGAUA